GGACUUUAUAAUAUCAACAUUGCAUUUCGACAUUUCUCUAACAAAACUUGAAAUUCCAUUUUUCUUUGGUAAGAAAUCAGCAAAAACUGUAGAUUCAUCAACGUUAAGAUAGCAAUAUUGCUGCAGCAAAAAAUGGCAGCUUCUACAUCUAGGGAUGCUAAUGAAGUGACAGUUGCUUCCAAAGUUGGUUUUGCUGAAUUAUGUGGACUUUUAGAAAAGAUUAGCAAAACUCAAGGCAAUGACAAGAAAAAGAAAGUUUUGAAAGAGUUUGUUGAUAUCUGGAGAAAUUAUCAUAAGGAAUUGCAUGGAGACAAACCUGACUUGGUGGAUUCAUUUUACCCAGCCAUGAGAUUAUUGUUACCUCAUCUAGAUAAAGAAAGACUGGCUUAUGGCAUUAAAGAGAAUAUGCUGGCUAAAUUGAUGAUUGAAGUUUUAUGUUUGGGUAAAGAUAGUCCAGAUGCAACAAGAUUGUUGAAUUUCAAAGCACCUAAAACAGCUAGAGGGGAUGCUGGUGAUUUUGCUAAUGUAGCCUACUAUGUAUUAAAAAACAGGUGCCCUGACAAAGGUACAUUAGCUAUACAAGAUGUUAAUGAUUGUUUAGAUGCUAUAGCUAAUAAUAAUGCAGCUAAGAAGAAAGAACCAGUUCGAAAAAAUAUCCUCCAUUUAUUAAAGAAUCUAUCAGCUAUAGAACAGAAAUGGUUAAUAAGAAUGAUUGUGAAAGAGCUAAAAGUUGGUUUGAGUCAGGCCUCCAUGCUGUCUGUGUAUCAUACAGAUGCUGAAGAGCUAUAUAAUGUUAACAAUAACCUUGAGAAGGUGUGUAGAUUAUUGAGAGAUCCAGCUGUUAGAGCACAUGAGAUAGGAAUAACUAUCUUCUCGCCUUUUACUCCAAUGUUAGGAGAAAGAGGCUCACCAGAAAAGGUGGAGAAUUUAAUGGAUGGUAAAAUGUAUUUUAUUGAAACUAAGUUUGAUGGAGAGAGAAUGUUAUUACAUAAAAAUGAAGAAGAAUAUAAAUAUUUUUCUAGAAGUGGUAAAGAAUAUACACACGUGUUUGGUAGUAAUGCAUUUGAUGGUUCUCUAACUCCCUAUAUAGCUAAUAGUUUUAAACCAGGUAUAAAGAAAUGUAUAUUAGAUGGAGAAAUGUUGGGCUAUCAUGCUCAAACUCAAACUUAUGGUACGAAAGCUGAAAAGUUUGAUAUUAAAUCAUCAGAUUUAGCUGAAACUAAAGGAUAUCAAGCUUGUCUACAAGUAUUUGAUAUUUUACUCUAUAAUGAUAAAGUUCUGACUAAUCUACCAUUAAAAGAAAGAUUAAAGUAUAUAGAUAAAGUAUUUAAUACUAUAGAAGGUAGAAUACUGAUCAGUCAGGUUAAAGAGGGACAUAACAAUCAAGAUUGUGCGGAUGCUCUGAAUGAGGCUAUAGAUGGUAGAGAGGAAGGUAUUAUGGUGAAGAACCCAGAAUCAGUGUACAGACCUAACACAAGAAAAGGAGGAUGGUUUAAAAUUAAACCUGAGUAUAUCGGUGGUUUAAUGGAUGAGUUAGAUAUAGUUAUAGUUGGAGGAUAUUUUGGUGUAGGAAGUAGAGCUGGUAUGAUGUCACAUUUUAUGUGUGCUGUGGCUGUACCUUCUGAUGAUGGGGAACAUCCUCAAGUUUUUCAUUCAUUUUGUAAGGUUGGUUCAGGUUAUUCUAAGAAAGAAUUAAGUGACUUCAAUAAGAAACUAGCUGAUCAUUGGCAAGUAUUUGACAAGAGGAACCCUCCAGACUGCCUGAUUUUAGCAGCAGGAUUUAAAGAGAAACCAGAUGCCUGGAUCCAUCCUUCUAAAUCAUGUAUUGUUCAGGUGAAAGCUGCUGAAAUAACCGAGAGUGAUAAAUAUAAAACUGGUUGUACAUUAAGGUUUCCUAGAGUGGAAUGUUUUCGAGAUGAUAAACCCUGGUUUGAAUGUUUAUCUACUGUAGAACUUGAAGAAUUAAGACAGAAGUCUGGAGGUAAAUUAGCUGGAACAAGAUAUGAUUUAGAUGACAGUGCUCCAGUGAAGAAGAAGCGUAAAGUGAUAUCAAGAGUUGUCCGCCCUACAUUAGGUUCACGAUUUAAAGCCAUAGAUACCUCUAAUAUUACGCAGAUAUCCAAGAUGUUAGAAAAUAAAGAAAUAUGUGUAAUAAAUGGAUCUGAAGAUUGGCCGAAACCAGAAUUAGAGAAGAAAAUAGUAGAAUAUGGUGGAACAAUUGUACAAAAUCCAGGUGGAGAAACAUACUGUAUAUUAGCUGAUAAGAUAGCUGUAAGAGUUAAUAACCUUAUCAAACGUAAUAUUUAUGAUAUUGUUAAAGGUACUUGGUUUGUUAGAUGUAUUGAAAAUGAAACAUAUAUUCCAUGGACUCCAGGAGAUAUGAUACACAUCUCACCUAAAACUCAACGUAAGUUUGAUGAAGAUUAUGAUGUAUAUGGUGAUAGUUAUUAUACAGAUACACAAGAAGAUCAGUUAAAACAUGUUUUUGAUAAAAUGGAAAAGUUUGAAGAUGAAGAUAUGUUAGACAAUGAAGAUAUAGCUAAGAUAGAAGAGAAUUAUUUUCCUGAUGAAUCACCUUAUGGUUUAUUUAGAACGUGCAGGAUCUAUGUGGAUAACAAUUUAGUUAUCAGUGAUGCCUCAACAAAAAUUCCUAAUAGUAGUCUUGAUCUUAUUGGCCUGGAGUUGAGAUUCUUUGGUGCAACAGUGUCAGAAAGACUGGAUGAAAAGGUCUCACAUGUAUUGAUAGAUUCAAAAGAUACAAGUCGUGUUGGUCAGCUACGUGAAGUUAGAAGAAGAAGAAGUAAAAAGUUCAAUAUUAUCAAUGAAGAUUGGAUUAAAACUUGUAUUGAAGAAGGAGAGCUAUGUAAUGAAAGGAAAUAUGAGCCAACUGUUACUACCUGAUAGAUUAUGACUGGACUCAGAUGGAUAUAAUAAUAUAAAUUAUGGCAGCUACUGACAAUGAAGUGAAAGAACAGUGUUGAGGCUUGACUGACAUCUACGUAAAUCAUAGAUGUGCACUUACAGAGACAAAUAGAUAUAAUGUAUUACAACAUUAGUCUUCAAUUUCUUAUAUGUUUAUCUGUAAUGGUAUAUAUGUUUCCACUUACAGCUGCAUUUAGACAUUAACACUUUGAUCUUUUCAUUAUGGUAAGAUAAAUAGUAAUUGAAUCUUAUUCAGUCCAAAAGCUGUGUAUAACAGCAUAAUUAUGCUACCUCAAAAUAAAGCAAUUGAUUCUGUUUUUUUUUUGCAUUAACCCAUCUAUGAAUAUCUUUGAUGAAAACUAAGCCCCUGUUAAUAUUUUCAUAAGGAAAUUAUGAUUUCUUUAGAAAAUCAAAAUUCAAUGGGUAACUUCUUUGAAUGUUUGUCAAACUCUACUUUAACUGAAGGUUAAUUUCAACACUUAGAAGUGUCAACAAGAUUAAUCAAUGUUUAAAUGGAAAUCAUGUUCCUCAUAACAGUACAUCAUGUACUUGCACCAGUUAAAAAUUGUUAGUGUAUGUGUUCAAUGUAAAUAUAUAUUUGUUUGUGUUUGUUUAUGAAUGCCACACAUUUUUAAGAAAUUCAUUGUUUUUAUUCCUUUACAUCAACUCAUGCAUUCAUAAUUUAUUUUAAAAUCAUAACUGACUUUUAUUAAACUUAAAUGAAAAACAU